CGAAGUGGGGGAACAAACAUCCACUGAAUAAAAUCAACAACGAAUUUUUUAAAAUAUGGCCAAGUCAGCUCCACCAAAAAAGAAGAGCGUUGCCUCCGUGCGCUCUCGAGCAGCAAAGCGAGCAUCUUCGCCCAGUAUCGAUACCGAUAAGUCGCUCAAAGAAGCCAAACCACCAUCCGAGACAAAAACACCUGCAGUGCUAGGUAUCCAUCACGGUGCCGGCAUUACCAAGAAGUCCAAGCAUGGCAGAAAAGCAGUGUUGAGCGCGAGGGCCAAGCGGAGACAAGAAAUCUCGAUGGACAGAGCUGAGGCGGCAAUGGACAAGAAGUCAACCAAGAUUGAGAAGAGCAAGGAUCGUGCCAGGACUAUACAGAGCAGGAGCAAAACUUGGGACGAGCAGAACCGCAGGAUGCUGGCCAGGAAGGAAAUGGAGGCCGCGAUUGCAAUUGAGCGCGAACAGGGCGGUGACUGGGUUGACGAAUCUGGCGACGACGAGGUUGAGGAGGAGGCUACCGCCACUCCUACUGACAUCGGCGACGUUAAAAUGGAUUUAGAAGCUGCGCCGUCGGCUUCUGCCACAGUUGAUGCAGUUGUAGCGGAAGAGGAGGAGGAAGAAUUAUGAUCGCAACGAGAUAUGUUCUGGGAUGAUUUCGGAGUAUGGCGUUGGUGGGAUAAAAUUAUACCAUAUCGAGAAGAAUAUCACGAUGGCAAAUAAUGCUCUUUGACAUUAGACAAUUUUGAAAUUAAAAUAUAUGCUAACUAA